UGGGCUGCAUGCAACAGAAUCAAGAGUUGUUCUGCAAGUUGAGAGAAAGUCAACUUAUUGUGUUUUUCAUAGCGAUACAUAGUGAUAUAUAUUUAUUUAUUUUUUUGCCGGGUGAUUACCACUGAAGUGUAGGGGACCAUGGUGAUGUUGAAGAUCUCUGCUUUCCUCGUUGCCUACGCCCUGGUCAUUUGCCAGAUGUACUGCUCACAAGCCGCGCCUGCCAGACCGGUUUUGGAGUCCAUGUCAGACCGAGUCACGCUCACGGACUACGAGGCGCGAAGGUUACUCAACGCCAUCGUCAAGGAGUUUGUGCAGAUGACGGCGGAGGAGCUGGAGCAGCAGGCGACCGAAGGAAACAGCAGCGUUACAGCACAGAAGCGAGCGUGCAACACGGCGACCUGCGUGACCCACCGCCUGGCUGACUUCCUGAGCCGGUCGGGGGGAAUGGGCAACAGCAACUUUGUCCCCACCAACGUUGGCGCCAAGGCCUUUGGCAGGCGGAGGAGAAGCAUCCAGAUGUGAGCUCCUCCAAAACCUUCAGGGACACGAGGUUGAAACCCGACAAGAAAAAAACUGAGAACAAAAAUCAACUAAAACAAAAUCAAGCAGAAAAUAAACUCUGAACUGGCCCUUUAUCCACGCCCUCACGUUCUUACGGGAAAAGAGGACUUCUCGUCCCCACUUCCAUCCUGUUAGUGAAACAUUUUGCUUUUGGCAAAUAAGAGAAAAAAAAAAAAAAAGCACUUUAGUUUAUGUACAUGAACAAAUCAACAACAACAAAAACAUCCUAAUGGUUCCUCUUUUUUAUACAUGAGUAUGAUUGUAAAAUAAAAUGAAAGCUGCAGUGGUUAUCAUCUUUUUUCUUUUCCACCUUUCACAUCGUUAGAGCACAUUUCUUCUAGUCCCCAUUUUGAGAUCCAUAUUAUAUACACAUCCGCCAUAAUUCCCUCCCCCCAUAUGUGCCAGUGGGAUGCCAUUAUAGAUCAGCCUACCACCCCCCUUCCAAAACCCCCUACGACGGCUGUUGUCUUGUGCCUUGAUGUAGAACAAUUUACACGAACAUGAUUGUACAGUUCUGUUUCGAGAUGAUAAUGAAGAGCCGAGCGAGGACGGAAGAGAACGAAGACAGAUUAAUAUUGUGAACAAUAUUGUGAAAAAAAAAACAAAUUUCAGCAAGAUUAAAAUGUAUUUUAGAUACACUCGGGUUUGGGGUACUUGUGUUGUUCUUCAAAGGUUUUUAAGCAUUCAGGAGUAGAGAAGAGGUUGAAGGAUGAUCAGCUUAUAUUUGUACAUCAAUUGUACUGCAAUAUUGAUUAACCAUGUCUAUACAUUUGAAAUGAUUUGUGAACCUCACAUAGAUAUCAAUUUAUUUUCCAGAAACAUAAACACGCUUUUCAGCAUACAACUUUUGGCAAACGAUACCAAAAGACACUGAAUUCCACACUCAUAUUUUGGACAGUUUGGGUCAUUUUUAUGCAGCGACAGUCACACACACGUUUUUUUGGGAGUAUUUUAUGACUGACACAGCGGCAUGGAUAUGUUGAAAUACAUGAUGAUACAAUACAAUAAAGUAAACUGCAUGGGUCAUUGCUAAAUAAAAGGCAGCCAAACCUGCAA